AUGAAGACUGAAAGGAAAAGGGAACCGACCGCAUCUUCACCUCCUGCAGUUUGCGCUGUUUCUGUCUGUCUGUCUCCUCUCUCUCUCUCUCUCUCUUUCUCUCUCUCUGUGUCUGUUUCUCUCUUUCUCUCUUUCUCUCUCCCUCUCUCUUUCUCUCUUCCUCUCUCUCUCUCCUUUGCAGGGAACAAGUGCGCAUCGCCUCCUUUUUCCCCCCUGGCUCCUGUUCUUGGACCCUCCUCAGCUCCUCAGUGGAUCCGCAGAGAACCGUGGGAAUUUUCUCAAACUCGAAGGACAAAACAGAAACUUGUUUGCAGCUGCUCGUCGGGCGUGAAGGAGCAGCGGGCAGAUUCCGUCGAGAACAUGUCCAAUUCAUUGGAGCGGGCUGUGGCCCAGAAGAAGGAGGCCAUCGAGGCAGUGAUGGACAUGUUUGAGCGGGGGGCAGAGGUGUUGGCGAGCGCCGUGGGCGAGCUCUUCCCCCUCUGUGAGGCCGCCGCCCCGGUUCUCCGCCUGGCCUUAGACAACGUCCACAGCAAAGAGGUCUUUUACGUCAAAGAGCAGUUCCUGACGGUGCGGAACAAGCUGGACGUGCUCUCCACGCAGCUGGAGGACAUAGACUGCGAGAUCAAGAAGGGGAGACUGGACUCUCAGUACUUCUCCGUGGAGGAGAACAUCAGGAACCAGUUCAGGAAAUACAUGGACAUCCUGGAGGCGAAACAGCAGUUCAGGGAAGUGAAGACGAGGCUGUUCCUGGAGCACUUUGCUAAAACAGGGGGAGAGAAGAACCUGUUUGUGUUAUAUGAUGCUCUAAUGGGCACUAACAGCUUUGGAGAAUCAGUGUUAGAGUUGGUGGAAAGAUAUGUGGCGAGGAACCGACGCCUCCUGGAAGACUUCUGUGUCUGCAUGAAGGAGCUCUUCUGUUUGGGCCUCAUCGCCCUGCUGGGCCACUGCGCCCUGACCCAAGGCCUAGAGGAAGAAGAGGACAAAAUCCAAGAGUGGAGCAGCAAAAUUGAAGAAGUCGAGUCCAGGAUGAAGACGACCAUCGAGGCCUGCACCGCUGCCUUCCCGGACCAAGCCAAAUUAGACGCCCAGCGACUCCUGCAGGAGAAGGAAGAAGUAAACCUGCAGGACACGACUCAGCAGAUUCUGCAGCUCUUGGUGAAAAAGUACGAUUGGGUCAGCUGGUCGGUGCGGCUCAUCAACCACUCAGGCAGCACCUACCGCAACUGGCGAGCAGGGGAGCACUUUCACCACGUGGCCGGACAGAACUGGUUCGAGGUGCUGCAGGUGAACAACAUCAACCUGGUGGUGUCGUACAGCGUCAAGCCGCAGCCGGUGCCCCGCGACUGCAUCCGGCAGGCGAUGGAGACUCAGGGGAAGAAGGGGAACGCCCCGGCGGUGGUGGAGGUGCUGGAGAAGCAGCUGUGUGGGUUUGUUGUUCACGCCGUGAGUCGCCACAAGGAGUCUGCAGCUGCGUGGAGCUUCCCAGAGGAUUGUCACUACUGGGAGAGACACAAGAAUGUGGCCGUGUGUGUGCACUCUGAGUAAAGCUGUUUGGCUGUUUAGCAUUUCAGAGCAGAGCCGUGUAUUCACAUUGAGAUAGUGCAGGUUUGUGUCGCUUGUCCAACUCUAGGACUGAGUUUAUCAUGAAAACUUGAAAAUACUAAAUCUCACAUUAUCAGUAUCAUUAUCAAUUUAUUUUGAUUUAGUUCAAAAUACAGUAUUCUCCUCUGAAACGUAUGUGGAGCAUAAAGUAAAACUAGAAGGUCACUCAGAGAGCACGUACGUCACUCAAGGCUCAACAGUCUCCUUAUGAAACCACAUUUAAAAAAACUAGAUCUGGAUUUUUAUUUAGAUCAGCACCAAAUUUCACACACACAUAAAUAUCAGUCCCCUUAAUAUGAAUGAUUAUUUUCUUAUUAUUCUCUAAAUUCAUUGGCCCCUAAAACUUCAUAUCAGUCGGGCUCGAGUAUUAAUUGGUACUGGUACUAUAGUAUCAGUAGUAUCAGCCAAUACAGUGUUUACAUAUAUUCAGCUUUGCAGUUCAAACUAUUUCAGAUCUUUUACUAAAUGCACUUUUACUCUCUGUCAGUGUUGUACCAAUUCUUUUUACAUUAGAUAUUUGAAUUAUGGACAUUUUUCCUGUAAAUGUAUUUAUUUAUUCAUGCUGCAGCUGUUUAAAUAUUAACUGCUCGCAUAUUAUAAACCGUGUCACUACGUGUGUGUACUUGUAGUUUUUGAGUUACUGACCAGUUCAACUAAAAGAGUUUCUGCACUAGCACUAUAUGUAAAAACAGGGCGUGUCUUUAUGCUUUUACUGCACCUCAGCAUCACAGUCAUAAUCCAGUCUCCCAUGAGACACUGCCUCAGCUCUGAAGAGAUGAUUUUUUUUUUUGCUGAGGCUGCAUCUGCAGAGCCGUGCUCCCAUUUUGUCUGUGCUCAGCAGACUGGCCUAUUUAACUGUGACAGGAAGCGCAGAGGUUACUUUUUCAGGCACGAGAAACAAAGAGGCUCCGAGUUCGGCAGCGGAGACGCGACAAUGUGCCUUGUGUUCCCCGACACACUCAGACCCGCUGAUGCUGGACCAAAGCUACUGAACCCCAGAGCCGCUGCUGCCUUCAGUUACCUCGUGGGUUGUGUUAGACUUUAGUGAUUUCAUCUGCAACAAUCUUCAUUUGUACAUUUUAUCUUUGUAACAUUAGGUGAUAAAUGAAGACUGCUGUGUUGUUUUACUCUUCCUUUAUUCAUUAUGUAUGUCCAAUUUUCUACCUAUGUGUGUGACACUUUUUCUUUCUUUAAUCUUUGCUCCCACUAAGUUUUUCCUGCAUAUUUCUACUGUGAUUUUUCUAGAAAUUUCAAAUCACGUAAUUUCUUUGUCGUUUAUCAAAACAAACGCAUCCACAGGAUUCUUUCUAAUCUACUGGUGCAUCAGGGCCAAACCAAUAGUGGAAAGGUUAGAUGUGAGUAUUGGUUUGACUCCUGACUGGCUGGACUGUUUACUGCAUGUCUAUCGCUCCAUUUCAUGUGUCUCCUUCUCUGUAACUAUCACAAUAAAGACAAAUAGACCCCA